AUGACAUUCCAGCGUAUUUCACAGUUCGACGCCAACCAAACGUACAAUCAAGUCCAAUAUGGAACGUCAUCUCAUACACGUGGUGCAUACGACUCGUAUUGCGGCCAGUAUCCAACGCUGUCUUCGUCGCAAGCAAUGACUUACCAGCCUAUCUACUAUCAAUCCCAACCUUACCUGAAUUAUCAAAUCGUAUACCCACAUGGAGCACGUCCAGCUUACCAGCAAAUCCAUCCGCCACUCCAGCUUUUACAUCAUGUCUCAUCACAACAGAACCUGUCUUUGUACCCUCCUGCAUCCGAGUGCGAAGAAGAUUCCAGGACUUCAACCACGAAGCCGCCGAAAAAGUCGAAAAAAAUUUGGAGAUGCGAACGUCCUGGCUGUUCAUCAACUGCGGAAUUUGGACGCAAAGCCGACCUUGAUCGUCAUACCGACACAGUUCACGAGAAGCGAAAGAGCUUUGCUUGCCCUCACAGAUCGUGUGAUCGUUCCAUUCGUCCAUUCACCCGAAAAGACCAUCUUAUAGAACACCGCCGCGCUUACCACGGAGAGGAAAUCCAAAAACGCAAGCACACAAACCAAUAUGACAUUUGA